AUGGGAGCAAGCGACCUACUCUUCAUCACUAUCAGUCGCAAUGUCUCCUUUGUGGGCAAAGCGUGGUGCAUGAUGAUGCUGGUCCUCCGCCUGCUCGUCCUCCUGCUGGCCGGCUUCACCCUGUUCAGUGACGAGCAGGAAAGAUUUAUCUGCAACACCAUCCAGCCAGGCUGCUCCAAGUUCUACGGUGACAGGAGUCGGGAAGUUUCAUCUUUCAGCCAUGAGAACUCCAGCUCCUCAAGAGAAGUGUCUUUGCAUAAAACUCCACUUCACAAACUGCAACGAGAGUGGGGAGCGCCGCGCUUCUACUGUGCUUACUUUCUGGUUGUAAUUCUACGGAUCCUCGUGGAAGUGGUUUUUGGUGCAGGCCAGUUUUUUCUCUUUGGUUUCUCCAUUCCUAGGAGCUUCCUGUGUUACGAGGCGCCCUGCACAUCUGGGGUGGAGUGCUACAUCUCCAGACCAACGGAGAAGACCUUAAUGCUCAACUUGAUGCUGGCCGUGGCGUCCUCGUCCAUUCUGCUGAGUGUGGUUGACCUGGUGAGCUCCAUGAAGGCGAUGGUGAGGUGGAGAAUACAAAGGGAGAUGUUGAUGGAGGAGAUGAGUAAAGGAGAGGAAACUAGUAUGUUCACCAUGACAGCCACAACUGAAGACAGUGAUGUGCCUUUAACCAGAACAAUCAGCCCGAGUGAAAGUUCAAAGAAGGGUCUCAAAGAUCAAAAAGCAGUUGUUCCACUCCCAGAUGGUGACCCUCUUCAUGCUAGGGGGAAUAAUGGAACCGUCACCAAAACUGGAGAAGUCACUAACGACACGAGGCCAGGAUGCAAAGAUGCUAAAUUGGAGAUGUCUCGUUCAGCCGCUCCCAUGAGCACUCCAGUACCAACUCACUUUGUCUUCCACAGCCACAUGAGGCCCCCUAUGUCCCCUCGCACUGACAGAGGACCACCAAAGCCUGGGAUGCCAACACCUAUGGGUGCCAAAAAGCUGGACCAGAACACUCCAGUUGGGGCAAACUCAGGCCAACACUCUGAUAGCAGUGAAUCUAAAGAGAAGAGGGCAUGGGUGUAA